CAAAACUCCAGGUCCAGAUUUCUCUCACGCUAUUUUAGUUGCUACAGAAAGCUCAUUCAAAUCACUCGCAUAGAGUCGGCGUCUGCCUGAAUUUAUAAGUGACUAACAUUUGAAUUUCAAAACUGCAGAAAAAAAUGUCUCUUGUGGCACGUUGGGCUCGCAGGAAGCUGACGGUCAUCGUCAUAGUCUCCGUGGUCCUUUAUUAUAUGCUGUCGUCAUCGUACAGCAAGUAUCAAAUCGACACCAUCAUCUACCGCACCAAACCGGAAGCCGUCUGGGAGUAUGUGGCCGAUUUCAGCAAAAUGAAGAAACUCAAUCCCACCAUCUUGGAUUUCAAUAUUGUUGCUGACCACGGCAAUUUGGAGCACUGGAAGUACUCGGUUGAGUAUACCGAGCGGCUAUCGCACUGGCCCUACUCGAAGAACACCGCCGUUGGACACUUUUCGGUUCGGAAACUGCCCGAGGCCGAAGGUGGCCAGUAUGUGGUGGCGUCCACCCAUAGGACAUGCUUUUUGCUGGGAUUGUUCUGCUUAAACUCGAAAGGCGAAUUCAAGAUCUCGUACCUGAACGAGGAGGACACAUUCUGCCAGGAGACGGUGCACUACCAGUGUCCGUUCUUCUUCGGGCGUUUCUGCCGGCGAGAGGUCGAGUUCCAGCGGACCGCCAUCAUGGCCAAUCUGAAUCGACAUUUCAACAAGCAGCACGUGCAUCAGCAUCACUAGUGCGACAGGGAUUUUCUCAUACUUUCCGCGGAAGUUAGAACAAGAUCUGGAUUUUAGUGUUUAGUAUGUAAAUUUAAGUAAGGCGUUUAAAGUAAAAUAAAUGUAAAACACGUGAAAAAAA